CCGCCGUUUCGGCUGGCCGACGUUCGGGCCGCCAUUCCGAAUCAUUGUUGGGUUAAGGAUCCUUGGAAAUCAAUGAGCUAUGUUGUGAGGGAUGUGGUUGUUGUGCUUGGAUUGGCGGCUGUUGCUGCUUACUUCAACAAUUGGGUUGUUUGGCCUCUUUACUGGUUUGCUCAAGGCACCAUGUUUUGGGCUCUUUUUGUUCUUGGUCAUGAUUGUGGCCAUGGAAGUUUCUCUAACAACCCAAGUCUGAAUAGUGUUGUUGGUCAUCUUCUUCAUUCUUCAAUUCUAGUUCCAUAUCAUGGAUGGAGAAUAAGCCACAGAACUCAUCACCAGAACCACGGUCAUGUCGAAAACGACGAAUCAUGGCAUCCUUUGUCUGAGAAAAUUUAUAGGAGUUUGGAUAAAGCAACUAAAACAUUGAGGUUCACCUUGCCUUUCCCCAUGCUUGCAUAUCCUGUUUAUCUGUGGAAUAGAAGCCCUGGAAAGAAGGGCUCUCAUUUUGACCCGAGCAGCGAUUUGUUCGUACCGAGCGAGCGGAAUGAUAUCAUUACAUCCACGGCCUGUUGGGUUGCAAUGGUUGCUCUGCUUGGGUGUCUGUCCGUAGUGAUGGGUCCCCUCCAACUCCUCAAACUCUAUGGCAUUCCCUACCUGCUGUUUGUCAUGUGGCUGGAUGUGGUCACGUACCUGCAUCACCACGGUCACGACGACAAACUUCCUUGGUAUCGUGGAGAGGAAUGGAGUUAUUUAAGAGGAGGAUUAACCACUCUCGAUCGCGAUUACGGAUGGAUCAACAACAUCCACCAUGACAUUGGAACCCAUGUCAUUCACCAUCUCUUCCCUCAGAUCCCACACUAUCAUUUAAUAGAAGCUACCGAGGCAGCAAAGCCAGUGCUUGGGAAGUACUAUCGGGAACCGAAGAAAUCCUUGCCUCUCCCACUUCACUUGUUGGGAGUUCUCGUAAAAAGCAUGAGGAAGGAUCACUAUGUGAGCGAUUCUGGGGACAUUGUAUAUUAUCAGACUGACCCCAACCUCUCUGGAUCAAAGCAACAGAACUGAUCAUUCACCUAACUAAUAUAUCAAAAUUCUUUGCAAAUAGCACUUGCUGGCGAGCCAUUCAAGUUUCGAAUAUCACUGGUUGCCAAAGCUUUAAAGGAGAAGAAGAAGCUGCUUGCUCAUGAUGAUAGUACUGUUUAUGCUCUUAGGGUAUCAGAGAAAUAUUUAUUACUACAUGAUAGAAAAUGCUGGCAUUAUUUUUGCUUGCUGUCUGUUUAAAGAAAAGAUAUGGAUGGACAAGUUUUCAUAACCACUGAAAUGGGGAGAUCUGUGAUGUUCUAAAA